AUGAAGCCAUCGAUCAUAAUCCCCCAGAUCGCCCUCAGCAAGAACACCUCAGCAUCCAGGCUGCCUCCCUCCAUCGUCCUUGGAUCGAGGAACCCGUUCUCAGGCUACACCCCCAAGGCGGCUUUGCAUGUUUCACCGCCGACCACUUCAUUACCCUUCUCGAUCGAUCAAGGACUUGAACCCUUUAUAUCCGCAAAGACCGCAAGGUCUUUAGCUAUCGACUGGCAGGACGGGCUACUGGACAGACUCAAUCAACAUGUCAAAGGUACGCCGGCUGAAAACAAGUCGUUGUUCGAUACCAUCGUCGACCUGGCAAAGGAUCGCACACAGGUCAUCCCAUUCAAUCUGGCUUCUGAGGCGCUCAAUAAUUCAUUUUUCCUCAACGGUCUCAAACCAGCGGAUCCUCGCAAUGCCCCCAACCGGCCAUCGGAUGGCUCUCUGCUUGCUACAGCAAUAGACGAAACGUAUGGCUCGAUCACACAGUUUAUAUCAUACUUCUCAAACGCAGCAAUGGGUAUGUCAAGCUCGGGUUAUAUUUGGUUAGUUUGUGACCAAGAUGGAACUCUAGGAAUUUGUGCGACAUACGGCGCUGGAACUAUUCUAGUCCAAAACCGUGAGCAACGUGGGGAUUGGCCAACUGCCAUCAAGUCAUCUCACAUCGGAUUAGACUCUUCCGGUCGGCCGAUUCCUAAACAACAAAAUCCCUCAGUCGGGCAACCCACUGGGUCCUCCGCUCAAGAAAUAUCGCCACACUCACGAGACCAUGCUCAAGGCGUAUCGAGUUCGAACAUGCGAACUUUCUCGACCACCAGGUCGCUCCAGAGGCCCACCGAAACCACUGCCGAUUCCAGCAGCUCGGAUUCUAAACCCGAUAAGGUCAAGCCAGCGGUCUCCUUUGCGGAUUCGUUAUUUGCCAGCCCUACUCCCUCGCCUCAUCCAACUCGCCAAACGACCAGCCUACCAGUCAAUCGAGCGAUCACCCGGAAGAACACGAACCCUGCUGAACGGUUCAACCACCUCCAUCCACUCUUGAAUCUUGCGGUUGCCGAACGCGCUUAUUUGGCCGAUCAUGGUGUCUGGGGUAAAGACUCAUACCUUCGAAACUUCUGGAAAUGCGUCGAUUGGAGCAAGGUCGAGCAAUCUUUCGUCAAAUUUGCUCCUAAACCGUCUUAUCAAUCUCACUCUAGCAUUUGGAAAACUUAA